AUGGCUACCGCAAGACCCUCUUCAGCCAUUCUCAAGCUGGCAGCUCUCCUGAUGGCGCUCGCCGUGACCAUCGCUCCGGCGGCGGCAAGCCAGCUGAACCUGUACACGGGGGUCAAUUGCUCCGGCAGCUUCACAGCCUGCUUUGACCGGGCGUGCUGCGUCGUCCCCUCCAACGCCGUCAGCUACAGGUUCUACUACAACCCCAGCUGGAAGGCCUACUUCUAUGGCUCCGCAGGAUGCACCGGCAGCAGCAGUAACGUUCUCGCUGGGGACGUCAUCUGCGCCAACGGAGUGAACUUCAGGAGCGCCUUCCUCACCGACACUCUGCCGACGCUGCAGUUGGUGACCGAGAACUGA